ACAAAAAAUCUUAUUAUAUUUGUAUUAUAACUCAUUAUUUAUUAUAUUAUUUUGCUAUACUUUAAUAAAUUGGUACCUUCAUUACACUACAAUUAUUUUAUUUAUAACAAAAUAGUUGCUCACAAAUGAGUAUAAGAUCAAAAUGAAGUUCAACGCGUAUCGAAUAGAUCGGGAAAAUUAAUAGGUUACUCAUCAAAAGCUGAUAUUUCUGUCAUUAUGGGCAUUGUCCAGGCGCUUAUAAACAAACGCGAUGAGCUCUUUGUAAUCCCUAUUAAUCAGCAUAACCCGCCAUGCAUCCGUUGCUUCGAAGAAAUAGAUAGAAAGCCAGGAAAUCCCAGCAGCUUCGAGAAUCUUCAUAUAAAAACUAAGGCGCUAUAUCCGCAGAAUUUCGAGGGUGCCUACUUGCUGCUAAAGAAGACAUUAAGCAAACACUUCAAUGUGACAUACAAAAUGACUUUGAGUUCCGUCACACCAUACGGCCUCAAGUUUGGUGUGAACUACAUCGGCACUAAGCGAGUGGAACCGUCGGAGAGAUAUCCGGUAAUAUCGGGCGAAAUUACACCGAGUGGCAAUUUAAGCGCUAGCUUCAUGCACACACUCGGCUGUUGGUGUAGGAUCAAGUUCGCGACUCAGAUCGGUAACAAGAAACGUAAAGCCUUCAGUUCCGGCUUGGAGUACCGCUCGGACGAUUGCACAGUAGCGCUGACUCUGGCGAAUCCUGAUUUUAUCAGACUGCACGGUACAUUGGUAUUGCAUUAUCUACAAGCAGUCACGCCAAAGAUCACGCUCGGCACGGAAAUCGCGUGUCUGCGCGGAUCGAUGAUACCAGGCGGUCAACAGACAGUAAUGUGCGCCGCAUUCCGACACAGCACCGGUUCUACCACAUUAUCCGCCACGAUCGGUGAAACGGGUAUUCAUGUCUGUUAUCAUCGCAAGGCAAGCGAACAGCUGCAGCUCGGCGUUGAGUUAGAAACAAACACGAGGAUUCACGAAUCCGUCGGUACGAUAGUAUAUCGUAUUGACAUACCGCAUGCAAAUUUUGUCUGUCGAGGAUUCGUCAACUCAGAGACCAGUGUUGGCGCUGUAUUUGAGAAAAAGCUGUAUCCUAUUUCAGAAGCGACGUUGAUCGUAAGCAGUUUUUUGAAUCACAAGAAGCAACAAUUUCGCGUCGGUAUUGGACUGAGUGUUGGCUAACAAUGUUCUUAAAUUAACUAGA